GACGUCACGCCGUACAAGAAGUAUGUUGAAUGUGGGGCGCGUGGCCACGAGGUUGGGGCUAGCGCUUCGGCGCACGACUAAAUGGACCGUGUCACUUCCGUGUUCGAAGGCCACGUCAAGACGCGUCUCGAGCGGCUACACUCACGGCAGACGCUUGCGUGAACUCGAACGGAGUUGCACCGUGGACCCCGGCCAGGAAGAACGCUUCUGGUUCGAAGAGCUCACAGAUCCGGAGGAGGAACCAGCUUUGACAGAUGUUGGUCCACAGCACGCUUCGGCUCAUCCUGCGCCUCCUCCUCCUGCUUCUCAGCAGCAGACUCACGGCAGCUCCCUUCAGCGUCAUUUAAAGGAUGCAAGCGGACCGGGCCUCGAAGCAAAAUCCCUCAUUCAGUUCCACGACGCGGACUUCCCGCUGCUCCCGAGCGUGGUGGCUUCCAAGAAGAAAAAGACGGCAGCGCUGAAGAAUGAGCACAAGAUCUACGGGACACCAGAUUCAAAGGAACCCGUUAGUGAGACUCACUGCUCGGGCUGCGGCGCCAUCUUGCACUGUGCUGACAUGGCUUACCCGGGGUACCUGCCCAGCGAAAAGUACAAGGUUCUGCUGCAGGAGGACCGCCUCAACAGCGCCACCUGCCAGCGUUGUCAUUUGCUGCGCCACCAUCAAAAGGCUCUCCGCCUGCGAGUGUCCAAGGACGAGUUUCGCAACGUGGUGCAGAAGAUCCGCUCCCAAAAAGCGCUAGUGCUCCUAAUCGUGGACCUCCUGGAUGUCCCCGACUCGAUUGUACCGGAUCUUCCGGACUUGGUGGGUAGCAACAAACACGUGGUGGUUCUGGGCAACAAGAUUGACCUCCUUCCCGCGGACUCGCCCAACUACUUGCAACGAAUCCGACGGCAGCUGGAUAGCUUCUGUCGGGAUGCCGGCUUGGGGGAUCAGGUGAGCGACAUCCACCUGAUCAGCGCCAAGACCGGCUACGGCAUUGAGGGUCUGAUCUCCAGCCUGCAAAGAGCUUGGAAGUACAAAGGUGACGUGUACCUGGUGGGAAGCGCCAAUGCGGGAAAGUCCACACUCUUCAAUACGCUGCUCCAGUCCGACUACUGCAAGUCCAGAGCCUCCGACGUCAUCGGCAAAGCGACCAUUUCCCCGUGGCCCGGGACCACUCUGAACCUGCUCAAGUUCCCCAUCAUCAACCCCACGCCGUACCGGAUGUUUCGACGACAUAAGCGUCUCGAGGAAUGUCGCCGGCAGACGGAAGACGACCUGUCGCCCGACGAGGCCAAGAGGCUCAAAGACCUCCGCCGUCGGGGAUACUUAGUAGGUCGUGUGGGUCGAACAUUCCUACCGAAAGGCGGCGAACAAGGAACCAUCGACUUUGAUCCCGACACUUUAGCCUUUGAAGAGUACGAUGACAAAGGAACCGUGCCGACGGGAAAACGAGACGACUCGCCUGGCGAGUUGACGUACAACGAGCUCAAAGAUGCGCAUUGGCUGUUUGACACGCCGGGAAUCACGAAGGAACACGACAUCCUCGGGCUGCUCAACGAACAGGAAGUGAAAGCCGUGGUCCCCACGCAGGCUAUUGUUCCUCGCACGUUUGUCCUGAAGGCCGGAAUGAGUCUCUUUGUCGGCGCUCUGGCCAGGAUCGACCUCCUGGAGGGGGAGAAGUCCUGCUGGUUUUCCGUCAUCGCUUCCGCUCACGUUCCGGUUCACAUCUGCAGUGUUGAGAAAGCCGACACAGUGUAUCAGAAACACGCCGGACGUGAGCUGCUGGGGGUGCCAGCGGGAGGAGCGGAGCGCAUGAAGGACUUCCCGGCGUUGGUGCCUCAGGAAUUCCGGCUGGAGGGUCGAGGUCAUCUGGAGGCCGCCGCCGACAUCAAGUUGUCGUCCGCAGGUUGGGUGGCGGUGACGGUGUUGGAGGGCGAGGUGGCGCUGCUGAGGCUUCACGGGCCACCCUCGGCGGCUUUCGGCCUGAGAACGCCCCCACUUCUCCCUCACGUGGUUUCGCUGAAGGGAGCGCGCGUCCCCAAGUCGGCCGCCUACAAAACGAUGACGCCGAGGGUGCUGCCGGACGUCCGUCUGAAGAGCGCCAAGGUGAAGAAGAAAGCGCCUGCGCACCGAUGAAGACUCAACAACAUCAUAUCAAGACAGCUUUAUUUCACCAACGUCUAAUUUCUGUAAGUCGGGAAGCUACAAUAUCCGGCAAGCAUUCAUUUAUCGUUGCCGAUUUCAUAAUAUUCAUCUCCAGAUGUGAUGCACUAAGCAGCCGCAGGAUUAGGAACGCAAUGUAUUUCUAAUCUGUCGUUUGAUAACAUACAUAAUGCAUAUAUAAUAUUAAACCAUGUUCUAUUUAAA